AUGGCCAAUCUGUCGCCAGACAAACGGAGGAAGAUGGAGUCUGCACUGAACCAGUUGAAGAAACACACCGUGGUGGUGGCGGACACGGGAGAUUUUAACGGUAAAUGAAAAACCGCUCCGCUCGACUUCAUGCUAGUGUUAGCACGUUAGCAUGCUAGUUCACUGACCGGGAAGUAUCCAGGUUUAAUGUGAAUGACCGCCGUGGCGAUAUCACGCAGUUUAGUGGGCGUGAAAUGUUAACAGCAGUGCAUUCAGUCACAUCGGCUAAAGUGAGCUUGCUAACUUUUAAGCUAACCAGCGCUCUUUACAGUUUUCUGCUACCGUAAAUUUUGUAGUAAAGUUCACUAUCUGGUAAUCCACUUAGUUGUUAUUAAGGGUACCAAACUUAGUAACAGCAGCUCUGGUUUGCUACAUUAGCUCACUAACAUGGCGACUUUUCUCAUUCAACAGAGACAGCCAAACAGAGCACAAUGCUAACUUGCGUUUUUUAAGCUUGUUAAAAUAGUUUAAUAUGAAUAAUGUGGUUGUUAAAAUUGGUGGCUUGACGCUGAAUAAACACUCAAUAAGUGUUAGAUUUAAGACAUCUAGAUUUAAGACAGAUCUAAGACAGUUAGAUUUUUCCUUCCUCGUUCGUCCACUUCCCACAACAGGUGAAAGGCUCAUGUUUCUCAAUGGGUCAGAAUGAGGAACUGUGCGACAUAAUCCUGUGGCAUUAUGAUGAAAAAACCAGUUACUUCCUCACUCAGGGCCUUGCAGAGUCAGGAUGACAUGACAGAACUGGUCUGCUGCUCCUGCUGCCAGACGCCACUGUGUAAGCUGAUAAUAUUACACUCACCUGUUCCACAGUGAAGCUGGUGAAUGCUUUUAAGAGAUAGUGUCUGGACAGCACAUUAAUACAGUUAUCACAAGUACACUUUUCAUGUCAAUCCAGCAUAGUAAAAAAAAAAAAAAAUCUGAGGCACUUGAAGAGGUUAUCAUACAAAAGUUGAAAUCAAAAGGGGAAAAAAGUGACGCUUAAAAACCAACAACACAUAACACACACUGACCAGUGGCAAAAGUAUAUGCUCUGUACAAGUAUGAUCUUUGGUACACCUGUUGUAUUGGAUUGCCAAGGUGUUUUUAGCAUUAUGUCUUGGGGUUUGGGUCAUAGUACUGAUAAGCCAAUAUGUUGGGUUUUGUGAUACAAUUAUGCUGGUGCGCAAUAUCUAUUUUUAAAAAAGUGUUACAGCACUCUUAUUUUCAUAUGUCUUGCUGUAUUUCUACUUUGUAACUCCUUGUGGCUGUGCUAAAACAUUUAUCCUACAGUUUACCUGGUGCAAAGUACAGUAUGUGGCAUAUGGCAGAAUUCAGCAGAGGUAGAAAUGUGUUUUAAAUUGGUGCCUGAUCACCUCAAUAUAGUGUUCUUUCUUUUUUAUUAAUUGUGAUUAAGCCUUUUUAUAUCUACAUAAGAGCAGGUUUGCCUCCACAGAGGUCGCCAUCUUGCAUCUACAUGUUACACUGCACAGAGAAAACAAACCUAAAACAUACACAGUUUUGUAUGGCCAUGUGAAAUGUGCCAUUUGGAAGAUGAGGACAAAAUAGAGGAAUAAGAGAAGGGUGGUGGUGGUUGUUAUGCUCAGAGAAUUUGUAUUGAUAGAAGUUUUUGAUAGUGAAAUUUUCUAAGCGGAGGGACAUUUUUUGCAUGGGUUUUUGGACCGAGGCCUCUUCAAUGGGAGAGUGAGCAAGGUUGCAUUUCAGUCUAGCAUCUGAUUGUAUAACACUGCCUACUAUUCCUAUGUUUAUAUGCCGUACCUGAAAGAAUUUUUAUCCUUCAUUUACUCAUUGAUAUAUCGUAUACUCAUCUUGUAAUUUAAAAAUCUAUUGUAUUUACUUAGUUUUUUUAUAUAUAAAUAUAAAACAAAGUUCUUAGAAGGGUUAAAAUACUCAUUAAAAAAAGCUAUUUAUAUUGCAGCAGGUAGAGUGUUCGAUCGUAAUUCACCAUCCAAGAGCUUGACCAGCAAAGGCCUUGAAGCCACAAGUGGGGCUUGACUAAUUUCCAGUACAGCUGCAUUCACCAAUCCCACAGUGUGUUUCAAUGUCAUUGUGUCUUUGGAGAGACUGCACAUGAAGCAAGUAGUAAUUCUAAUAAAUUAUGCAUCUGUGAGGAGUGCCGUAUGUAAUAUCAUACGUAAAGACAUUAAAUGCAACAUGCUGGCUUACACAGUCCUAACAGUACACUGGAGUUGAGCAAGCAACAGAGCAGCUUUUACAACACACAUUCUUUGACACAUUAUUCACACUUAAGUAGAUUCAUGCUUGAAAAGAAAUAAACCACAACUUUUAACCUGACAGUGUUAAUAAAUUCACUUAACAGAAGUACGAGGGAGCUUAAAAUAAGGUUUAAAGCAUAGGGACAUAAAGUUAACAGUGCUGCUAAUUCUGACUAAAAUAAAACUCUAAAGGACCCCAAAGUUUCCCCUCAACAGCAAGUGUCUAGUGUUAAAAAUGUAAAGAUAAAACUUGAUGGACCUAGAAUAUAACCUUAAAGAGGCCUGCUUCUAAAAAUGUUUGCUUCAGUCCAGUUUGUUCAGUAGUCAUCAUUGUACAGGGUAACGGUAUCGCACUACAGCACAUGUAGACAGCGGCAGCAUUUAAGGCAGUCCAAUAGUGCUGUUGAAUAAGAGUAUGUUUAAAAGGUGUCUUUGUUUGUUUAGCUUAAAGAUUGCCUGAAAGCAAACAGUCUGUGGAUCAGGAUUCCCAAAGGCAGGUGUUUGUUACUUUACUCCCUUUUUAAAAAAAAAUAAUUUCAAGUCAAAUAUCUCACCAUUUAGGACAGUAAUACAGAAUCCAGUCAAACUUCAGAUUUUUCAUCACUUAGGUUUGUACAACACAAAGUUAACUUUGGGCUUCCUACAAGCUAAUAAAAGGAAUAAUUAAAUUUUAAAUACAUGAAGUUAAAAAAAAUCAGGAGUCAAAUUUACUGAGAAGAAAUGAUCAGUGGACUGAACCGGCCACUUUCUCUGAUUUCAUGAACAAACAGUGAGAACAGAUAUGAGAUACGAGCUUGCAGUGGAAAUUUUAAAGGUUGCCUCUGAACAAACUGAGCUGGGUGAUCACAAUUUCUCAGCCUUUUUCCUCUCAACCUCCUCCAUGUUAACAUUUUCUGCUCCCAUGCACUGAUCCAAAUAUUCAGUCAAAACAAGCCACAACUUCAGUGAAUACCUCUGUCAUUCUAGGGUCAUUUUAGAACAAACCAGUGAUAGUGAAGACAGUCACCAGACAUUUGCACAGCCACUGGCUUCCUCUUUUCAGGCUCUUUUUAGUAAAACACUUGAACUUGUGGUUUAUGCAACAUUGGUAUUUCAUGAAUGUUGUAAGAUUUCCCAAGUCUGACAGUGUGCAAGUCCAGACAUGUUAAAAUCACUUGUUUUGCAUAACUAAUGUUCGAGCUUGUCAAACAUGGCUUGACACCACUUUUGCUACAGUUGGGAGGAAAAAACGAGGGUUUGCAGGAGCACUUUGUAAGUCAGUGAAAGAGGCUGACGGAGCAGAUUUUGGGCAUGUAACUGAUACGUAUAUGUAUGAUUAUUGACAGUUUAAGGUUCCCUGUGAGGCAGAAUUUUUCACAUUUGUUCUCGGCAGAUGACAUGAGCGUAUGCAUGUGCUACUACCAUGCUCAGAUUUGUACAUUGAUGUGGCUUCAUCAGUAAGAGAAGUACAUUUUUGUUGACACUAUUAAGUUAUUGGGAAUAGAUAAACCAGUGAUUUUAGCUCAGAAGCUGCAUGACUUGAUAAAAAAAAAAGUUUUGGACAUCCAUCAAUAUUAAAAAAAAGCUCUCUUUUUGUUACAUUUGGUGUCCAAUUAAAAUUUUCUGACACAUCCUAAUGGACAUUAACCUGGUGCUUUAUCAGCAACAAUCAUGCUCUCUGUGUGCUAAAAUGUAGCUGAUUUCCUUCAAUAACCUUUUAUUUUUUUAUCCAAAUGUAUUUGGUUACCAGCUCAAACCUUUCCCAUCAUGAUUUACAUGUCCAUCUUUUAGGAGAUUAGAGUAAUGAGAACCAUCAGCUGUGUGUCCUUUUUAACUAUGAUCAGGAAUAUUCAGUCCGAGUCCCCUGACCUGCACAAUGAUGCUCUUUUUUUUGGAAGGGGGCAGAAAAAACAGAGGCAGCCUUUGUUUCUGGACUGAAUAGCUGGCAGCACAGACUGGACUCGGCUGCUCUGGUAAUGACAUAAAAACCCACAGUGCUUUCAUGAAAAGGCCUCACUGCUUAAGCUUAUCAAAUUAAUGUGCUGACCCCUCCUGUAAACUACUGCAGGAUGUUUGUAUCACAUUAGUUCUGUGGGAUGAUAAAAUAAUAAUCACAGGCCUAGUGACUCGCUCUGGUAGAUUGUAGAUCAACCUAUUUAAGGUCAAAUUGAACAAUAUUAUAAACAAUUAUUAAGCUACAAAGCUUCCAUUCUUAUUCUGGGAAAGUUGUUUGUUGGUUAUCACUAAAUCAGUGUUUUUGUUCCUCGAAGAAUGUUAAAUAUGUUGAAGUUGUGGCUGCAGCAUUUGAAUCUUUGUUUUUAUCAAUAACUGAGGCUCAUGGAUUCAGCAGCAUUUGACCAAGUUUAAUGUAAAAAUCUAAAGUAUUUUUCUAAAAGUGUUUUAAGAGUUGUUAUAUAGUUGUUCUUUAUAUCAAUAUGAAAAGACAUGUUCAUAUUUUUGUACACUAGAUGGCGCCAUUUUCUAACCUCACAGCAGCAGUGUAAUGUUGCGUCAGCAUGACUGUUGUUUCCCCUUCUCUAACGUUUAUGUCCACCUGUGCAUGAACUUGUUUAGAGCGAAGAAAAACAAGAAAAAAACUUGAUUUAUGUUCCCCAUCAAUAUAACUUGGUUAAAACUGGUUUUUCAGGGUUCCCAUGGACUUCUUGUUUAAUGUCAGUUUAGACGUCUAUGAGGAGGUGAAGAAUGGGUUACUUGUCAUAUUUGUUACAGUUAAGAAAACACUGAAGAAAAAAGAGUUAGCUGGUGGUGGGGUGAGAUUUUUGAAUACCAAGUUUACUCCCUCUGACCUCUUCUUUGUUUUGCUCUUUAUGCAGCUUGUAGAGAAGCCAAGAGAUCCUGUUUCUGUAAUUCUCUUAUCAGACAUAUUCAAGAAAUUUGCUAGAUGAAGUUGCUUUCAUGGGACAAUCAUUGACAAGUUCACAUGCAUCUACCUCGAUUGUAUUCUGGUGUUAUGUUGAUUAUAUGUCAGUAUGAAUUACAGCAGAGAAACCAGCUCAUUGCUCUGAACUAAAACACUGCUCUUUGAUCCCAUCCUGCAGCUAUUGAUGAGUACAAGCCUCAGGAUGCCACCACAAACCCCUCUCUCAUCCUGGCUGCUGCAAAGAUGCCAGCCUACCAGAACCUGGUGGAUCAAGCCAUCAAAUAUGGCAUCGCCAAGGGAGGGUAAGCAGCUGUUUUAAAAUGGAGAACCAAACCAAUAACCACAUGAUUCUGUAAAUGGCAUGACUUUCAAUGUUUGUUUCUGUUCAUCUUAAACCCUCAUUUCUAACUACUUGUCAAGGUCUAAUUGAAAACAUGAGUGUAACUGUGGUCUUCAUACUCUUGUUUUUUUAAAAAUGAUCAUUUAAGUGACUUUUAUUGGUACUUCCUGAGUAUGCAAACUAGGCCUGAACGAUAUAUCGUUUGACUAUCGUCAUCGCGAUGUACGUGUGUGCGAUAGUCACAUCGCAGAGCCUGCGAUAUUGGAGGUGAAUGAACUCAUUUAAUUUCAAGGGUAACCGACUGAGAUACACUCCAUGUGACUCUGCAUGUGCUGUGCAGCGAUCCACCAAUCGCCUUCGUCCUUAACUCAGUUGCCAAUCAGACUCACUUCUCAGUUGCCAAUAAGACUACCCUGCCAGCUGUCAAUCAAAAUCAGGGAGGAGAAAACCCACCCCUGCACAUGUUCUGCACAUGGAGGGAGACGUGUGUCCGCUGAGAAUUACUUUCGGAACUUUACUCAUGACUAUUAAGCCCAACAAAUAAGAACUGUAUGGGUUUUAAAUUGUACAUUUCCGUGGACCACUCUACUAUAAGCAGUGCGCGUUUUGCGAGGUGCAUGCAAUUCUCGGAGGACAUGCGUUUCUCGGCACAACACCGCUAACAACAACAACAACGAUCGCAAAAUGAACAACGAACAAGCGAAAACCACCGAAAAUGAAGAUUUGUUGCCAAAAAGAAAAGGAAAGUCAGUUAUCUGGAAUUAUUUCGGUUAAAAGAAGGAUGAUGUCGACCAAAACACGUCUUCUGUGUUCACCUGUUGCCACAAUAACGUCCCAGCACAAUAAAAGCUAAAAAUAUCUCUGAGACAGACAGAAGCCGUUCUACUAACAUUCACAAAAAGAGGUAAGAUCAGAGCAGAUUAACUGUCCUCAAGAUUUCAGCAGUGCAGCAUAACAUUAAGUGCUAUUCAGGUCAUCUGGUGAAAAUACUGUAUUUUUAAUAUCGCAAUAUAUAUCGCAGGGUUGAAAAAAUCGCAAUAUUAUUUUUUUCCAAUAUCGUGCAGCCUUAAUGCAAACUGCUUAAGUGUCCCUCAUUGAACAAGUCAAACUCCAUAACCUGUCAAAUUUCACAUCAUUGGUUUAUCAAGAACUUGAGGACGUGUCUUUGUGAAAAUAAAACACUUUCAGAUAAUGUCCAUUUUAAUACAGCUACAUUUUUUUUAAAUCUGGGCUUUAUUUAAACAGUUUUAUAACGUUUUCAUCUUUCUCUGUUCAGAACUGAAGAGGAGCAGGGUGCACACACCAUUGACAAGCUGUUUGUGAGUUUCGGUCUUGAGAUUCUGAAGAGGGUCCCGGGCAGAGUCUCUACUGAAGUGGAUGCCAGGUAGGAGCAAACAUCACGUCAACAUGUGCAAAUUAUGGCACUGAACAUGUUACCUAAUGACGACUGUCUGAAGCUUGUAAAACACACACGCAGGUUUUGAGGCACUUAAUUUGCAUGUAUGUGAUUUGUGAGACCAGACUCAAAAACAUAAACUGACAACGGGGACUUUUUUUUUCACCAUCUAAUCCCACAAUUAUGAAAAACCUGAGUACAGGUAUUUAUACAAGCAAGAAAGUGAGCAGCUUAAGUAAGAGCUGUGUAAGAUAGACUAGUUGCCUUGGAAAUUGAAAAUACAUGCCUGAUGAACAUUUAUGAAAAACAUAUUUGCUGGUGGACUUGAUGAAAGACAUUGGGGUUUGCACACUCAAGUGUACGUGGAGGAGACAAAGAAUUAAGUAAUGUGAGCACCAAGGUGGCAAGUUAGCUCUGCUUGGUCAAAUUAUGGUUCCCUGCCAAAAGACAUCAUUACAAUCCUUCUUCUAUCCCAGGUUUACUUAGAGAGAACGCAAAUAAUGAGGUCUUUUUAGGAAUCCUGAGUUAGGGAGGUCCUGACUAACUGCUGUGCAGGAAAACGUGAAGUUAGAAAACCCAAGGGGGCUUUGUUAAGAUGAAAGCAACGUCCUAUUUACUUUUAAUUUUCCAAAUAUUCCUGCAAUACCUCCAUGUCAACAGUGAUAUUUGCAGCAUGCUACUACGGUUGUUGUAAGGACUGAAAGUUGCAGUUUUUCUUAUUAAAGGUAAGUGUUCACUCUACAGUAACAUUGGAGGAACAUCAGUUCUCCACACUAAUGAAAAAAUAUAACCGUCUGUCUUUGACGGCUCUCAGUUCAUCAUUAUUCACUUAAUUUAGAAAAAAUAAACUGGACCUGGUUUCUGCAGAAAUGAUGCUCGUCUGAUCAGAAGUGAAAUAUUUUAAAGAACUUUUUUUGAUAUUCCUAAAAGAGCAGCUUACAGAUCGCAGUGAAUAUUUUCUUACUGAUGAAAAUAAUUCUGCAGGUGUAGCCUUGAAACGAAAGUAAUCUUUUAUUAAAGAGGAAAAAGGAAAAUGAUUUUGUAUUUGAAAUCGUUUCUUAAUGUUGAAAUGCUGAGAGGUUGUUUCUCUUUACACCUGACAGGCUUUCUUUUGAUAAAGAUGAAAUGGUUGCUAAAGCCCUGAAGCUCAUUGCUCUCUACAAAGAGGCAGGUAUCAGCAAGGACCGCGUGCUCAUCAAGCUGUCCUCUACAUGGGAGGGAAUCCAGGCUGGCAAGUAAGUUCGUUAUGUUACCUGUGGGUUGACUCACCUCCUCUUAAUUGUAUCUGUCAUAUUCUAUGUGGGGUUUAAGUGUUCUUCCAUGAUGCUGGCGGGCUUCGUAGUCUGUCAGAUAUUUGAAGAAUCUCUCAGGUACUGCAGGGUUUCUUAUGAUGUUCUUUGGUGGGGAGGGCUGUGCGACACGCCGUUUCCGUGUUAAAAUUGGUACGUGCAUAUUAUCACAUUGAAGUUUAUGAAGUGUCAAUUAACACAAGGGCCAGAAGGGGAAUUAAUUCAAAAACCUCGUGUUACAGCUGUUCAGCUGCUUGUUAAAAAAUAAGUUGCAUGCUUCUCGUUUCCUCUACUUAUUUACAAGGUAAGGAGCCCAUCUGUUUUAUAAAGAUAAUAAGUUCAGCCCUUCAGAAGACAGACGUGCAUGCAGAGUCAGUUAGGUGCACAUUGUAAGGAUACCAGAAAUAAACUCUGGAAUCAGUAUGUUUAUUUCCAUUAUCAGUUGAGCCUCGUCAUGGGUACACAUGCAGCAUACAAAGAGCAUGUCAAGGUCUAAGGCAUGAGAAAACGAUGAGAUUUGACUGUAAAAUGUUUUUAAAGAUUAAAACCUCUGCUUUUGAACAAGCUGAUGGAGGUGAUCAGUUUUUUGAUCUGCCACAUAAAGCUGCAUCAUUUCAUUACCAGCAGCUUUUAUCUCUAAAGAAGCACAUCAGCAUUGCAAAGUCAGAGCUGUUUUCUCAAGAGAAUGAUGUUUUUAUGUGAAAUACUCGACUGUAAGAUGUUAGCUUGAGACAUCACUCCACGACUAAUACACAGGAGAGACAUGGGAGAGAGUCAUUCAUGUGUGCAUCAUCUAAUAUUUAUGAAGCCUCCUAAAUGCAUCUGUGCUGUAUAAAGGUACGGCUUAUAAUGGUGUUCUUAAUGCUUAUUAUCACUCAUAAGGGCUCUUGUGAGGCUUCUUAAAUGUGCUCACGGUGCAUUAGGUGAGGUGGGUUCAGACUAUGUGUUACUGAACGAUUACAUGACAUAACUGCAAACUCAAACCAACUCAUCAAGUUAAUGAACAAAUCUCUUGUGCAACCUGUUCUCUUUCCAUUCAGUGUGAUGGUGUGAGAGUUGGUGGCAGUAUGUAAAACAUAAUGUAAAGUGUUCAGGAGGUGAAGACGGUAGACGUCAGUUCUUAUAUCACAAAAAAGCGUAACAUGUGUAUGGUCCUGUAAGGAUUACUCGCAGCAGCAGAUGCACACAAGAAUACUAAAAGCUUUGUGCAGAGCUCUAUUAUUUUUUAGGCACUUGCAUUGGUUAAAACAGCCUUGUUUGAUAUUCAAAUAAAUCCUCCUUUUAUUGGAUCUUUACCCAUGAAUCAGGAUCCAGACCAGAUCAUCUUGUUGAGGAGAGAUGCUCACUCAUACAUUUGAAGUCACGAGGGUCUUCAUGAUUGUUUUAUGCAGGUGCUGGAAUGUUGUCAUCUUUUAUGAGGCCCAAAACCGUCAAAACACCUUUUGUUAUUCCCUGACAACUUUUCAAGCACAUGUUCAUGACACCUGCGCAGUGCCGGUGUUAAACAUGUGCUGUCACUGUGCGUGAACACUGUUACAGUCAACACCUCUGAGUGGUUGUUCACAAAGUUAGAUAGCUGAUUUCAGUGCUUUUGAUAAAAAAACAAAAAAUGACAGAUGGUUUUAAAUUCAGAGAUAGAUACAGUUCCUGUUAGUCUGCUUUUCAAAACUAUUAAUGUGGAUCCGUGACGCAUGUUCAUAAAAAACACAGAUUUUCAGUGAUAUGUGUUAACAAUAACACACAUUUCCCUGAAAAAUCUGAGUUUAAUUACAGACUCACAGGUCUGAAAAUCUACUGGGAUUCACCCUGUAACAUUGCAAACUGCCCUGCGUCAAUUGGAUUUCAUAUAUUCAAUUUUAAAAUAUCAUCAAGAGAGAACUGAGUCAAUAACAGGUGGUUUGUUUCCUAUCUUUUGAAGGCUAUGGUUUAAAAAGAACCAAUCAAAUGAAUAGGUAAGCAUAUUACUGUUUGCCAAUAGAAAUAAAUGUUGUACUUUUUAUUUAGGGAGCUGGAGGAGAAGCAUGGCAUUCACUGCAACAUGACCCUGCUGUUCUCCUUCGCUCAGGCUGUAGCCUGUGCAGAAGCAAAGGUGACUCUUAUCUCACCCUUCGUUGGACGCAUCCUUGACUGGUACAAGGAGAACACAGACCGCAAAAGCUAUGAGCCACAUGAAGACCCAGGUACUGAGCCUUUGUUUUGUGUCAUGAAACUAACCUUUUUAUACACGCUUCAGUGAUAAAGGGGGCUGUCUGAUUUGGUGGGUUCUUGUUUAAAACAAGUGAUUCUGCAACUUUGACUUGCAAUCUCUGGUGACUGAAGCAAAACAUUCAAUUUAUGUUGUUUUUAACUUAUUCAUUGAUUUUUUGAGAGCCCCUGUUUACACCUGGAUGAUUUGGAGUGUCUGCUCAAAGCCGGCAUCUAAGUGCGACUCCAAUAAAGAUGUAAUUCAGUCACCUUCAUCAUCCGUCACCUGACAGAAAAUCAACUGAUAAAAUCUUAGGAGAGAGAGAGAGAGAAAUAAAGCUGAUAAAUCUCAAGAGACAGGCCUUGAUGUCAAAAGCACUCUGCAGAGGCCAUAGUGUAGUGAUUUCAGACAAAACAAUGCUACUCUGUCAGUUCUUGCGUUUAUAUCAGUGCUACAUGUAAACAGAUAGUUCUCAUGUUGAACUUUAUUCUCCUUUAGGAACUUGAGUUGUUUUUUGCACGUGUUUCUAGGCGUUGCUUUGUCAGAUGUGCACCUGUUGCAGAUCAAAAUGUCAUUACUUUAUCUUCUUUAGGUGUUCUCACGUCAGCUCAUAUUGAUGUGAUGUAAAAAAAUGCACAAGGGCUGAGCAGGGUAAAAUCCCUGGAAGUGUUAGGGAGAAAAUUUUUGCCUUUACACAUGCAGUCACCCUCUAAAUUUUGGGGAGUUUUGUGUGAGAACAACACAGAUGAUCAUAUAAUAUAGCAAAGGACAUAUCAAUCAAUCAAUCAAUCAAUCAAAUUUUAUUUAUAUAGCGCCAAUUCACAACAGUCGUCAUCUCAAGACGCUUUUCAAGGAACAAGAGCAGGUCUGGACCACGCUCAUUGUUUGAUGAUCAAGAACCAACCUAAGAUGGGUUUUGGCCCAUCUCAACUAACAUGAGUUACAGUGGCAAGGAAAAACUUCCUUUUAACAGGCAGAAACCUUGGGCAGGACCAGCCUCAUGCUAGACAGCCACCAUGCCGCUGCUGGGUUGGGGAGGAAUGUAGAGAGAAGAGGGGAGAGGGGGAGAGGACAGGGGGAGGGAGAGAGACAGGAGGCAGCAGGAACAACAGCAACAACAACAACAGCUCAUGUAAUGGUGAAACAAAAAGAAGUUCAGUUUACAGGUUUAGGAUAUGAGUGAUAAUGGACAAUGUUGAAUUAAUUGAGUGCGAUUACAGUUAGCAGGCUUAAUCGUAGUCAGUUCUAUUUUGUAUUAUUAAUGUCAAUAAUGACAGUGAGGCUGAUGUUCAUGUCUGCAGUAACAGUAACAAGUAACAUAUAUGUCCACACUACCCAAUGAAUGUGGACAAAUGCAUUCCAAACCAGCUUCCAUGUGUCCAUCAGGACUGCAUCUCAGUUCCUCUAGGUUGGGUUAAAUCCGGUGAAUGGACCUGCACAAUGCUGAUUGAAUCUGUCCCGUGUUAGUGGCACGUGUUAGUGGCACGUGUAUACAGGACCUGAGUUUUGUGUUUUUGAAAAAAAAAGAUGUCAGUGUGUGUCUCAUAACCUUCACAAUAUCUUUUGCAAUAUCUUUAUGGUUUCUGUGUGUUGUCAUGUAAAUCAUAAAUGUCAUAAAAAGGAAUUUUGUCCCUGAAAGCAGUCACGAGUUGAAAUUCAAAAUUGUCAAAGUACUAAGGUGGUUCUGGGAGCAAAACAGUCCCUCAACUAGAGAAGCACAUAUCACAUCAGACAUAAUUCAUACAGCGCUCUUCAUACAAUGACAAUGCAACACAAAGGGCUGUAUUUAAAAAUAAAAGGAAAAAUAAUCACAAAUUUAAAAUUCAUAAAUGAGUGAAAAAAAUAGAUACAAAAACUUAGCAAACUGAGGGAACAUCAUCGUAAUGGCUUAAAGAGGAAACACUGGAGGUAGAAUAAAAUGUUAAAUGUUAAGAGUAAAAACAAAAGAACAUUAGAACCGUAUAAAAUUACAGAAUCAAUAAAUAUAAGAUGAUAUAAGAUAUGGUGUAAGAAUGAAUUUAAAAAACAUUAAAUUAAAAUAAAAUCGGUCAACUAUUAUUUGGUCGCUACAAUGAAAUCAAAUUUAGUUAAAAGCCAGACUAAAAAGGUGGGUCUUGAGUUUGCUUUUAAAAACAUGGACACUCUGCGCUGCCCUCAGGUCUUCAGGUAGGCUGCUCCACAGACGUGGUUUAUAUAAUAAGAAAAAGCUGCCUCACUGUGAGUCUUGGUAUGUACUAUAGGUAUAUACUUGGUAUGUAAUACGGUUAGAAAGGUAUAAAUUAGUCCUUGAUCAUCAGGAGACACAAUAAUUAAUAUAAAGCUGUUUGUCAUCUGCAUAGCUACUGAAACUGAUGCUGAACCUCUUAUUGACAUUGCCAAAUGGUGACAUGUAUAAAGGUUAAAAAGCAUAGGACCUAAAAUUGAACCCUGGGGAAAACCACAGUUCAUUUUGUAGUGUCUAGAUGAGAAUUCACUCAUACUCACCUGAAAUUCCCUUUCAGUAAGGUAAGAUUCAAACCAGUUAAAAACUGAAAAUGCCAAGACUAUGUUCUUACAGCAGCUCCCUGAACCCUUUACUACAUUACAAACCUGCCUCUUUUCUAGUCCCUCCAUUCAGCCUUUUUUUAUACCUGCAGGAUACAUAUAUUUUUUUGGCUCAAGGCCUGAGUCUACUUACCUUUAGGCUGGUCAGUUAGUUGGAAUUUAAAAGUCUGUUAAAAUGAUUUGGAAAUGAGUCACCUCAGAACGCCCACACGCAUGAGUUCAGGAGCCUUUUGCCUACUUAGAAAUGAUCUCCAAAGAUUUAAAAAUGAAGGCAUCGUGGCACUUCUAGAGAGUUUUCAUCACCUCAUUCACCAACCGUAAAAACAUUUCUGAAACAUUUUUCUUGCAAAAACCUCCAACUCAGUGGUUCUCAAAUUAAAACUUCUGCCCUCCUCUUUCUGCAGGCGUGUUGAGCGUGACCAAGAUUUUCAACUACUAUAAGAAGUUUGGCUACAACACGGUGGUGAUGGGCGCCUCCUUCAGAAACACAGGGCAGGUGAAGGCUCUGGCAGGCUGUGAUCUGCUCACCAUCUCACCCGGGCUGCUGGCAGAGCUCAGCCAGGACCACAGCGCUGUCACAGAGAUGCUCAGUGUGGAGAAAGGUAAUUGUCUGUGAGGCAGCAGGUGCCUUUGUGUGAACUGGUUGAACUGCAGCUGGUGUUGAUGCAGACAUUUUUUCUCUGACACCAGUUAUUAAAAUGUCUCAUCACACUGCAUCAGGAGAGAUAAUAGUGUUUUUUUAGUGGCUGUUCUCAAGGUUUAGUGGAGGGUACUCAGACACAUAAAAUAAAGAUCAAAUUUGAUAACAAAAUGGAAUUUAAAUCAUGGAUUAUAUAACAACGUAGAGCUGUUGUACAGACGUGCUUGUAGUGUAGAUGUAAUCGCGAUUUGAUGAGCCUGUUGUACAUUCAGUUACCAUGUGUCAUCUCUUUUUAUGAGGGAGUAAGACUGAAUGUUUGUUGAACCUAAUCUCCCAAAACCAACUCUGUAAAUGAGUUUAGAACCUGUAGGUGAGGGACAAGUUUUGGUUUCUGAACUGUUCUGGUUCCAAUGAUCCAAACAGUUCUAUGUUCCUGUAGGCUUUGGUUGUGUGCAGGAAAACCAAAAGAGAGCAAAACAGGUGCAACCCAUACACUUCCAUAAACCCCAGAACCCAUCAGCUGACGAUUAUUAAACCUUUUCUUUACCACUGCACACAGACAUCUGCGUUAAGCUGCAUUAACCAACAAUCAGGCCAGACAUCACUCUGCGCAAACUCACUCCUCACGUCUUGAGUUACAGAUCAGAGAAAUGACCAUCACACUUAGGAGGAAGUUUUGAUUCAUUAUACCCUACUCUUUUGAAUAUAUAUGUAAAAAAAAAAACCCUGGCAAGACAAGAAGCUCUGAAAAAAGUCAUCCAGUGGGUUUUGGUAUGUUUUAAUGAAGUGAAAGCCUGAGGCAAAGACAGUCUUGCAUAAAAGUCUUGUUGUCUGAGUUUGUCUCCCGAAGUAAUGUAUAUCAGCAGUGAUUGAUUUGUCCAUGAAAACACACACACAAAAAAUGAUCAAAGGGUAAAUUAUGCAAAAGUUAAAAAAGUUAGUAAAGCAGUUUUUUUUCUUCAAUGUAAAAAUGAUUCACCCUGGACAGUUUAACAAAAAUCCCCCCCUGUGAUUUGCAUCUAGCACUGCAUGUCAGCAUUACAUCAAAUUGGACUUCAAGUAGUAUGCAGCACUUACUCAUGGCUUCUGUUUGUCCAGAUUUUUGCUUGCAUUGUACUUGCACUCAGAUUUGUGUUGCUUUGGGGCGUCCGUUAAAGGAAGUUAUAAUACUACUACAACAACCCUGGCAGUAUUUUGGAAGCAGUCCUGUUUGUAUAAAGAUUCAUACCAGAUAUGCUGUAAAAUUAGGUGUGAAUGAACUGCAAUGAUAUAUCAGUGUUAUAUUGUUUUAUCCAAAAGAUGGUGCUUGAAAAAGCAAGCGACCUCCACUGCGCAGAGCAUGCUGGUUACAUAGUGACAUCCAGUAGGGUGCCACUGACACUUUGUUUAUUCUCUCCUUGGGUCACCAAAAAUGCGUUAAAGAAAACGUUUGUAUACUUUGAGGAAAUGAACCCUGUGACAUGCUGGUUUAAUUAAGUGGAUUCCUCAAAUUAAGACAUGUGACCAACAGACAUAAGUGACACGAGUCUCUGCAAAUUAGUCACAGGCACUUUGACCAUCCAUGCUGACCUCAAAUACCUAACACGUGUCUAGGAGGAUCCCAAACUCCUUUCAUAGAUAGUACUAGAAAGGGCCACACAAAUACAGUGAAACUGCAUGUUGUGGACUUUGCUUAACACACUGGAGGUCCUCACACAGUCCCUUGGGGGGGCUCCAUAAACCAGACAUCUCAUAUCCUGGAAAAACUGGAGAUCUUUGCAUUUAUGUCCACCUUGAACUUGCGUACUUUUUCCAGCUCAGGGCUGUAAUCUGGAGAAGGUGCACAUGGAUGAGAAGACUUUCCGCUGGGAGCACAACGAGGAUCGCAUGGCUGUGGAGAAACUGUCUGACGGCAUCAGGAAGUUUGCUGCCGACGCCAUCAAGCUGGAGACCAUGAUCAAAGUAAGAGUUUAGUUCUGUGCGUUUGUGUUUGCUUUUUUUGUCCAUUACAGCUUCAGAUUGCUCGCUGAUCUUUCUGUGCUAACUUUUUCUUCUUUUUCUACCACAGGAAAAGAUGCUCAACGUGAAAAAUGGCAAGUAG